GACUGUUGGCUUGUCAGCUGCACGAGACGCGCGGCACUUUGUCCCAGACAUGAAAACUGUCAGCUAACGUCAGUUGUUAGCCUCGGUCCCGUUAAAACAGACGUUUCGGCCGGUGUGUGGAACAGAACCGGAGGCUGUCGUUACUUGUGAGGAGCCGCGUGAGCGCGGAGUCCCGACAGCAGCGGCUCAGCGGCGUCUGGCGCCAUUUGUCUGUAAAGUGAAAGACUAUGUUUUGCAGGUUUCCUCACUGCAGCUGCUGACUCCAAUGACUCCAGGAACCGUCUGAUUCUGGAUCUGUCAAGCAAGAAUAGGAAAGGUCAGCUCACAGGCCCAAGCAGAGCAAGAUGAGCUGGGCUGAAGAGGACUGGACGGUGGGGCUGUCUGGACGAGUCCUGCAAAAGGUGAAGGAGCUGCAGGUCAAUCAGGAACGACUGUCCAGAGAGAACAAGCAAAAACAGCUGCAGCUGGACAAUGUCCAAACGAACCUCGAAAAACAGACCGUGAAGUAUGAGGAGGUCCGUGGGGAGCUUCAGUACGUGCAGAGGGAGCUCCAGAGUGUUCGAAAGGAGACCAAGGCAGCAGUGACCAGCAGUGAGCGCCUCACCCAGGACCUUCAGACCAAACAGGCCCAGGUGUGCUCUUUGGAGGGCCAGCUGGAUGCUGCUCGCACCCUCAACAACAAACUCACCCAGGAAGUCAAAAGGCUGGAGGCAGAGCUGGAGAAGCUGCAGAACAGCACCAGAUUGGCAGAUACCACUCUGUUUUCUACCCCCUGCUGGAAUUCAGCCUCGCCCUGGGAACACAAUGGGAGCAAGAAGGAGGAGAGGUCAGGACAUAGAGAUGAAGGACAGAGCCGGGCACAUAUCCGUCAGCGGCUCCAGUUCUCUGAAGUGGGCACAGCCUCGUUGCCACGACAACAACACAAGAUCACACCCCACCGCCACCCGUCUGACCAAUCGGACACCUUCUCCACUCCCUUGGCUGCGUUCCCCUGGGAACGGGAUGACUCAAGGCCAGCAGCCAGGAGGCCUUCCCCCUCAUCUGCCCAGACGCCCUGUGCUGAUGUCAGCAGUCCUGGCCAGUCGGAGCAGAGGGUUUAUGGGAAGGAGAACGACAACAGACAGACAGAGACAGACAUGUGCUUAUCCGAAUUGCGGCGCCGUGUGUCUGCUCUGGAGGAGGAGCUGAGCGCAAAGGCUGGGACGUUGACGUCCCUUCAGAGUGAAAUGGUACAAAGCAAGAAGGAUCUCGCUGCCAGGGAGCUCAGCCUUCAGAAAGCCCGUGACGAGCUUAGCAUGGCACACACACGCAUGGCCCAGGAGAGUGACCGGGCAUCAGGAGCUGAGCAAAGGCUGAAGCAGCUACAAGAGGAGCUGAAGUGUCAGAGACAAAAUGCAGAGAGUAGCCGACUGCAACACCAACAACGCUCUAAGGAGCUGGAGAAACAACAUCAGAGGGAUUUGACCGAGCUUCAGAAGGAGAGGCAGUGUCUGGAGAAGCAGCAUCAGCAGGAGGUAAAUAAGCUCAACCAGGAGCUCCAGCAGGCCAGGACGCUACACAAUGCCCUGCAGGCCCAGGCUGACAAGCUUUCUCUGCAGAAGCAGGCGUUGGACAAAGAGUUGGACACUCUGAAAGAGAAACUGAAGUGGACAGAAGGGCAGCUGCAGGACAGCCAGAAGAAAGAAGCCCAGACACAAGCCAAACUGACGGAGGCGUUGCGUGAGGCCGAGGGUGUGGCAGUGAGCCUGGAGCACAGCAGGAAGAGAGAGCGCGCUCUGGAGGAGGAGGGGAGGAGACUAGCAGAGGACCGAGCCGACGCCCUUCGUCUCCUCAAAGAACUGCAGGAGCAAAAAGCUGCCACACUACAACCUGUCCAGUUUUGCCCCGUUGGACAAAGUUUCUCCCCUCAGCCUUCUUACUCUCCUCAUUCUCGACCGUCAACUCAAACCAACAGGCCCAGCGCCACCACCCUGGCAGAGCAGACGAGGGACAAGGACGUGGAUGUGGAAAAGAGAAAGGCAGAGAUUGCAGCAUCUUACCCCUCUGACAGAGAGCCGGGAGAAGGCAUCGACUCAGAGCACAUCAGAAGGAAAACUAACGAGGAAGAGAACACAAUUAGAAAUGAGGUGAUCGAGAGUGACAGCUCUGGGACAAACAAGCACUCUACAUCGGAUCCAGUGCUCUGUAGUUCCUCUCACUCUGCUGCUGAUACCCCCAUCAACACCUCCAUGGAUGGUGAUCAUUGCAGUUUGAAGCCGUCUGCUGAAAGGACUCCCUCACACAAGGCCACUGAAGACCUCAAGAGGGAGAAUGCCAGACUGCAUUCAGAGCUACAAGAUGCACGCGAAGAACUGCAGAAACGACUCGAGGACCUGGAGGCCCAACGGCGGUCCGAGACAGAAGCCAGGACCCGGCUCAAACAACUCAGCCGCAAACGUGCCAGCCAGGCUGUGGACAAGGACGGGCAGGACAAGGAGUUGAGGAUGCAGCUGGAGAAUGAGAGGACUGAGACCGAGAGGUUGAGGAAGGCCGUGGCUGCUUUGGAGACCGAGAUGAAGAGAGGAAGGGAGGAAAGAGAAAGGAGGGGAAGGGAGGAGCUGGAUGAGGAGAAAAACAACACACUAGAGGACAGGGAGAGUGAAAUGAUAGAACUUAAUAUGCAGCUUAAGAAACAGCUUGCGGAGGUGAAAGCCCAGCUGGCUUUAGAACAAGAAGAAAGAAAGAGAGAGGAAGAGGAGAGGAGCAAAAUAACAAACACGGACACAGAUGAAAAGAAGGAGCUGAGCUCGAAACUGGAAGAACUUAAAGCUGAAUUAGAAGAACUGAGGCGCAGCAGAGAAAAAGACUCAAUGAAAGAGGACAAACUCUCCGCUGUCAACAGUCCGCUGACGUACCUGACUCUCCACGAUGAUAAGCUUAACUCCAACAUCGUUUGCUGCGACAACACACUCCUCCCUUCACCAGAACAGCACCUCCUCUUCUGCCAGUCCACCAACCAACGCAACAUGCUCGUAUCUCAGGCCACAGUGGAUCUCAUCCAGGAAGAGCAAACAGUGAAAGAUGCAGAAAGCUCACCUCUGUCAGAUGAGGGGCAAACAAGUCGAUUGGCCUCUGAACCUGAAGACCAAAGAAGGUCAAUUUCAGACCUCCAGGGUGAGCCUGCCUCCUCUGAUUUGGCAAAAGAGGUGGAGCGCCUACGGAAUAAGAAUGCAAAAGAGACAGAACGUGCUAACCAGAACCAGGUUAAACUGGAGGCCCUGCAGAGCCAGGUGACACGUCAGACAAAGCAGCUAACCAUGGCCUUUGAGAAGCAGAGUCAGCACAUCUCUGGUCUUCUGGCUGAGCUGCAGGAGAAGGAGAGUGCGCUCCUCAGCCAGGGAGAGGAACUGCAGCGUUGUAAGCAGCAGCUGGAUGCACUCAAGACUGAAAAAGAGACGGACAGGAAUAGCAGAGAGGACAUGACGUUCAAAGAGGUGAAGGAUGGAAAACAAGCUGAGAGGUCGGUGGAGAUUUCAGGGUGUCAGGAGGGUGCUGUCACUGUCCUCACUACAGACUCUGUUGACUCUGAUGCACAAAGAGAUGCAGAUCAGCUCGAGGUUGUGACGUCAGAUGCUGUGAGACCAACACCUGUUAAUAACAAAUCAGACAGUGAAGUACUGAGGUCAGCGGAGCAGCAUCCAGGCUCUCGGGCCAAGACUCAAAGUAACAAUGAGUCGUCUUGUGUGACGGGGUUGACUGAGGGCAGUCAAGAUGUAGGAAGAGCAGAUGUGGCUGCAGAUCUGCUCGCUCUCCAACGGGAGAAUCAGCUGCUCAAACAAAGAAUAGAGGGCUUGACUGUCUCAGACUCCAGGACCGAAGCAUUACAAACGGACAGUGAAAACCAAGGAGACCUGGUCAAGCAAAGCCCAAACACAGGAAAUGCUCUGUCCUGCUUGGCGGAGCAGAGGUCAGUCAGUCUGCCGAAUGACAUCACCACUGACGCACAGCAGUCACUGCUGCAGGAUGUGAAGAGGAGUGAUGAUGAAGGCGGAGAUUUAGAAAGGGAAGAUGGGAGGACUUCAGGGGCUGAAGAGGAGCUGGAGGAAGGGUCUGAGCUUCAUAUUAACCGCCUUGAGCAACAGGUGGAGGAGCUGCAGAUGAGGCUACAGGCUCUCUCAGCUCAGACACAGCAGCAGGCGGAGGAGCUUGCUAUGUGGAGACUUGCCUCCAAACCAGCCCCAACAUUUGACCAGUUCCCGCCCGGCUCAGAUAACCAGUCUGAGACCCAGGACCAGGUCUCUUCUGUCAGACAGUCCCAGUCAAACCCGCAGCAGACCGAUGAGACGACCCAGUUUCAAGAGCCUUACCUGGGCGUUCAGGAGAGUCGGGGUAACGUGACUGUUGUCAGAGAGGAUGAGUUAUUGCUCUCCUGCUCCUCUAACAAACUGCAGGGCCGCAUGUUGUUCUCCAGACUACAGCACAGCAACCUCCCUGAACCAAAGAGUCUCCAUCCCUCUAAAAAGACUGCAGCACUCCAGGAAUACAAUCAGAACAAUGCUGAGACUGACGAGGAAUCGGAAAAGGAAAACCAGGAGAUCAACAUCUUGCAUCAGUCAAACACCUGUCAGACACAACCCAAAGAGAAGAGAGACACCGAAGUUAUCCAAAUGGCAUCUGAGAAAACGGGUCCACCACAUGCCACCAAAGAUUCCCAUAAAGUUUCAGGACCAAAGCAGACAAAAUCACCGGAGUGUUUCCCGGCGAAUCAUGAGGCCAAACAAGAUGCGUCCAGAGCAACACAUGAUUCCUCAGACAGAUGUGUUAGGACAGAAAUGAAAAGUGUCUACAGUCAAACAGAGGAGAGCUUGUUUCUUCACAGGGCUCCCACAGCCUCUGAACUCCACUGUGCAUAUACUCAGACUGAGGAGGAGGAAGAUGAAGAGGAGUUAGUGGAAUCCCCUCCUGUCUCUCCUGUCCCGUUAUCUGAGGGAGCAGAGCUCAGAGACAAAAUGUUGUUUGCGGGUUCAUUCCCCAUCCCAGCUGACCCGGCCCGUCUGGCUGAAAGAAUCCGCCGCAACAGGACGCAGCUCUCGGCGGCCUUUGAUGACACAGAGUAUGAACCCUAUGGACUGCCGGAAGUCGUCAUGAAAGGUUUUGCCGACAUCCCCAGUGGUCCGUCGUGUCCCUACAUUGUGAGAAGAGGUUUGUUGGGAACAUCUGUCGUACCUGUCUCUCCAAAAGAUGAGAAACAGGAGGAGACGGAUUAAAACACAACUACAGAUGUAAUGGAAAGAACUGAUCACUGUGGCUUGACAAUAAACCUCAGUGAUGGACGACAGCAACCAUAAAGGGUCACCCCAGUCACCAGCAACCUGAAGCACUUCAGACAGGGUUGGGAAUAAACUUAAAACCUACCAGCCACACAUUAAAUUACCAUUUUGUUUUUUGGGGUUUAGCUGGGGAGUGGUCUAGCAGACACUUGCUUAUUUCACCAGCAUUUGCCUGGUGGCUGGUGCCAGUUUCCGGCCCAGACUUCAGACCUUCAAACCAAGACAGGAGCAGUUUAAAAGGUGCUGCUGUCACACAUGGACAUCUGUAUGUGUGUGCAGGUAACUGGGCCUGCACUGGCACAACAAACACUGCCACUGUGGCAGAUCUAAAAUGUCUUAAUGAUCACUAGUUUAUGCUCUAAUUGCUGUGUGGAGACUUUGCGCUCCAUCAUGGCACUGUCACUUUACAGCCACCUGUAUAUUUAAGUGCAGAGGCAGUGAUUUAGUGAUGUUUGUUGACGUUUAUUUGAAGUUUACAACCACGUUUCCAAAGGGACUGUUUAGGUUCUCGUGUCUCAGCAGCAGUAAGUUAUGAGGUCUAGCUUCAACCUGCUUUGAAUGACUCAGUGCCUUGUUGACGCUUUUUCAAACAAGUGCUUGUCAAGAUAAGUUUGACUUGUUUUUUUUCCAAAAGGGUGAAGCCAAGAGAGGCCUGUUGUGAAAUGUGAUAUGUGUUUUCUUCUUUUUAAUCCCCGAGGUGGCUUAUUUAUGGACACUUGAAUGUGUUUUAGUAGAAGGCCGGUGUUUACAAAAAUUGUGUGAAAGCGUAGAGAGAGUGUGUGUGAGACGUUGGCUGUGAAUCUGGACAUGUGUGUCCUCAUCUUGAUGUUACUGUUUGUAUCUGUGUGUGUGGGAGAGAGAGAGAGAGAGAGAGAGAGAGAG